UCAGAGGCAAAGAAGAAGAACUUCCCUCAAAUCCCGGAAAGGCUAGCGUUAGCUUGCAUAGGUUAGCAUUAACACGUUUUGUUUUGUUAUUGUACCUUGUACUCUCACUGCGGCGAUGGAUGAGGACUGAAUAGACUCUUCUGUUCACCGUCUCGCUGCUGGUCUGACGGAGGGGCAUCCGCCAUGUAUGCCACGGGAAAGUACAGCUCUCGGGGCCCUGCUCUGAUCCCGCGAAUGAAAACCAAACAUCGCAUCUACUACAUUGCCCUCUUCUCCGUUGUGCUGCUCGGACUGAUUGCCACCGGGAUGUUCCAGUUUUGGCCUCAUUCUAUUGAGUCCUCAGCCGAAUGGACACUUGAAAAGGGGAGCGUGCAUGACGCUCCUCUUAUCCGACUACCUGCAUCCAGCCCCAUACCUGAGAGGGGGGACCUUAGCUGUCGGAUGCAUACCUGUUUUGAUGUAUAUAGAUGUGGCUACAAUCCAAAGAACAAAAUCAAGGUCUACAUCUAUGCUCUUCAGAGGUUUGUGGAUGAAUUUGGAGUUCCCAUCAGCAGCACUGGACUGUCACGAGAAUACAACGACCUGCUCAGUGCAAUCUCAGACAGUGACUUUUACACGGAUGAUGUUACCAGAGCCUGUCUGUUCAUUCCAUCUAUUGAUGUGCUCAAUCAGAAUUCCCUUCGUAUCAGAGAGACUGCCCAGGCCCUGGCAAUGCUACCCAGAUGGGACAAAGGGAUGAAUCAUUUGCUUUUCAACAUGUUACCUGGAGGUCCCCCUGACUACAACACAGCUCUGGAUGUCCCUCGAGACAGAGCCCUUUUGGCAGGAGGUGGAUUCUCCACAUGGACCUAUAGACAAGGUUACGAUGUCAGCAUCCCUGUUUACAGUCCUCUUUCUGCAGAUGUUGUGCUGCCUGAACGACAGCCUGGGCCAAGGCACUACUUCAUUCUGUCCUCUCAAACAGCAAUUCACAGAGAGUAUCGUGCUGAACUGGAGCGUUUGAAGGAAGAAAAUGGAGAAGCGCUGCUCCUGCUUGACAAGUGUAGCAACCUUUCUCAGGGAGCUGCCUCCGCACGGAAGCGGUGUUACAAAGGGCAAGUGUAUGACUACCCACAGAUCCUGCAGGAGUCAUCUUUUUGUGUGGUUUUGCGAGGGGCACGCUUGGGUCAAGCUGCUCUCAGUGAUGUGCUGCAGGCUGGCUGUGUCCCUGUCAUCCUGGCCGACUCCUACAUUCUUCCAUUCUCUGAAGUGCUUGACUGGAAAAGAGCCUCUGUGGUUAUUCCAGAAGAAAAAUUGUCAGAGAUGUACACCAUCCUAAAGAGCAUUCCUCAUAGACAAGUCGAGGAAAUGCAGAGACAGGCCCGUUGGUUCUGGGAGGCCUACUUCAGUUCCAUGAAAGCUAUCGGCUUGACCACGCUCCAGAUCAUCAAUGACCGCAUUUACCCAUAUGCUGCACGCACUUAUGAGCAAUGGAACAAUCCACCUGUUGUGAAGUGGUCCAGUGUAAACAGCCCACUUUUCCUUCCACUUAUCCCACCAAGAGCUCCGGGGUUCACAGCAGUCGUGCUGACCUACGAUCGCAUCGAGAGUCUUUUCCGGGUCAUCACGGAGAUUUCCAAGGUGCCGAGUUUGGCUAAAUUGUUGAUAGUAUGGAAUAAUCAGAACAAGAGUCCUCCUGAAGAGUCUCUUUGGCCAAAGGUCGGCGUCCCUCUGAAAGUGGUGCGAACCAAGGAAAACAAACUGAGCAACCGCUUCUUCCCGUACGACGAGAUUGAAACAGAAUCAGUGCUGGCGAUUGAUGAUGACAUCAUCAUGCUAACAUCUGAUGAAUUGCAGUUUGGCUAUGAGGUGUGGAGGGAGUUCCCCGACAGGCUGGUGGGCUACCCGGGCCGGCUGCACCUCUGGGACCACGAAAUGGGAAAGUGGAAGUACGAGUCGGAGUGGACCAAUGAGGUUUCCAUGGUUCUGACCGGCGCUGCCUUUUACCACAAGUACUUCAAUUAUUUGUACACAUACAAAAUGCCCGGAGACAUUAAGAACUGGGUGGACGCUCAUAUGAACUGUGAAGAUAUUGCUAUGAACUUCCUCGUGGCAAACAUCACAGGCAAAGCCCCAAUAAAGGUGACCCCAAGGAAAAAGUUCAAGUGUCCUGAAUGUACUGCCAUUGACGGCCUGUCUCUGGAUCAGACACACAUGGUGGAGAGGUCCGAGUGCAUCAACAAGUUUGCUUCGGUUUUUGGAACGAUGCCUCUGAAGGUGGUGGAGCACCGUGCAGAUCCAGUGCUCUAUAAAGACGACUUCCCAGAGAAACUCAAGAGCUUUCCGAACAUCGGCAGCCUGUGACCCAGCUGCAGCAAAUGUAUGGACAUCGCAGAGUCUCAGCAGUGUGAGAGAGUGAUCGUCAGCGACGUCUCUCAAGUCAAGAUGUCAGUUCAAACCACAAAAUCUACUUUCCCCGUCUCCUUUUGAGUCACUUUCGGUUACUUGUUGGUUCUUAAUUUACAGUACAGAACAAUCCUGAAUGCUAAACACAUUGUUAGCUGGAAAUAUUAGAUGAGAGCACGACGUUAAACAUUUUAGCAACGCUGACGUUACAUGAAAUGCCGCUGAGGGUUCGGUGAUUAGAGUCGGGUUAACUUGGUCUCAUUGUUACUGUUUUGGAGCCGAACUCUUGAGCCUCCAUCUGCUCUGGAUUCAGCUUGCGUGUUGUAUCCGCUUAUAUUUCACAGUGGUGCUGUAUGAUAUAACUUAUAAUGCUUUAAGAAACAUUUUCUCAUAUUCUUCCUAUGUAAUUUUCCAAAAUCAGACACACACUUUAUUUUCAGCUGUAAAGCAAGAAAAGAAAAAAAUAUAUAUAAGUGAUAAAUGAAGCAGACAUAUCUAUGUAGGCUUUAUUCACAGUGUGAUGGAUUGUGAUGACACACAGAUGUUGAACAGUAAAGGUUUCAUAAUGUGUUCUGUAUUACACAAUCAUGUCAGACCAUUAGACAAAGCUGGUGUCAUAAAUCUAAUAUUUAGAGUGAUCACUGCUGGUUUUGGGGGAAAAUAUCUGAGCUACUGAUUUUUUUGUUUGUAAAUGUACUUUUAUACUGUCAGAGCAAGCAUUUCAUUCUAUGUAUAUAUCUGUCUGAAUAUAGGUAUCUAUAAGAAGAUUUUGCGUGAAUUAUGCACCAAAUCCUUUCAGUUAUGUUUGAUCACUUCAUCUGCAUAUCAGUAAUCAUCUGCCUUACAUCCGACCAAUUAUUAGUAAUAAUUAAUGAACAGUUCUGAGAUUAUUUCCAUGAAGUUAUUUUUUUUCCAUUGUUCUUAUGUUGAUGUUUUAUUGUUAGUUAUUUUGUCAGUAUGUAGACCGUAACGCUGAGUAUGUUGCAGUUUUUAAAACGUAUCAUCGCCUUCUGGUGGUUUUAUUUUCCCUUUGUUUUCACUAUGCCAUCGGAUUUCAUGUGUCUUUAUGUAUGACUUUAUAAUACACUACAAGUAAAGGCCAAGUUGUGACUGA